UCAUUAUCAAUAUUACAUAGUGUGUGUGUGUGUAGGUGUGUGUGUGUGUGUGUAGGUGUGUGUGUGUGUGUGUGUAGGUGUGUGUGUGACAUGCGCAGACCCUCCCUCUUCUGCAUAAGCUUUAAUUCAGAGUUCAGGGAAACCAGCACACACAGAGUAGCGACAUCAACAGAGAGCAGUGUGUGUGAGUCACCGCCACACACACACACACACACACAUAGAGAGAGAGAGAGAGAGAGAGAGAGAGAGAAUGUGAAUGCUGAAAUGAUGAAAGUGUGAGAGUCUCAUGGAAGAGAAACGCAGGAGGAAAAACAUGGACAAGUCUCUGAUUCAGCAUCUGCUCAGCUCGAAGAAAAGCACAAGAAUCCACCCGACUGCAGCGAUGGUGAAAUACGGCUCUUAUUAUCCCCAACAUGGAGACGAGAGCUAUGACGAUGCUCCGUCCUUCGAGGAUUUUGGUGCCUUUAUGGCAGAGACAUCAGACAGGAAGCAGCUGAGUGACAGCAAAGCACACAGGACAGCCUUUAACCUUCAGUCUGAAUCCGGGUCUAAAGGGGUCAGAGGUCAGCUGCAGAGCUUCAGUGAGGCCAGUGUGCUAUCAUCACGCAUGAUGUGGGCGGUGCUCUUUAUUGCAGCGCUGGCUCACGGAUGUAUCUCUCUCCUGACACGAUUAGCUGCAGAUUUGUCCCGCAUCCCAUCGCUCGAGCUUCUCUUUGUCCGCUCCGUCCUCCAGGUUCUGUCCAUCGCUGUGGUUCUUUAUCACAAGGAGGCGCCGUUCGGGCCGCAAGGCAGCAGGCUGCAUCUCUUCUCCUAUGGAAUAUUUAACGUCAUCUCCAUCUCCUGUGCAUACACCUCCUUUGCUCUAGUUCCUCCUGCUAAUGGCGCUAUCGUGUGGAGAGCGAGUGCGACAGUGUUCAGUGCCAUCCUGUCCUUCCUGCUUGUGGAAGAGCGACUCGGUGUAAUGGACACCGUCUCUGUCUCCUGCAGCGUCUUCGGGCUCGGCCUCAUCCUAAUCCCCAACCUCGCUAGUGAAGAAAAGCUGCUUGGGUUCUGGAAGGAAGCAUUCGGUUAUGUCCUGAUGGUUUUGGCGGGAGUGAUGGCAGCACUCUCCAUGAUUUUAUACAGGUGUGUGAAGCAGCAGGUGAGCGUGUGGACAGCAUUGUUUACUUUUGGUUGGAUGGGUUCUCUCUGGUCCUGCUGCUCCAUGUUCCUCCUGCAGGAACCCAUCAUUCCACAUGAUGCAGAAACCUGGAUUUUCCUCAUAUCCAUCUGCUUCUGCUCCACCGUCGCCUUUCUGGGGGUUUACUAUGGCCUUCAGCGCCUCCACCCUGCGCUAGUCAGCACGGUGCAGCACCUGGAGCUGGUGGUGGCAAUGGUUCUCCAGUUGCUCGUGUUGCACAUACUCCCAUCUGCCUGUGACAUCAUCGGCGCCGCCGUCAUUAUCGCCAGCGUCCUCGCGCUCGGCCUCUUCAAAGUGCUCCGUGGUGGAAAGUGUGAGAUGGAGGAAUACGAAGAAAUCCUGGACUGAGAGACAGAGAGAGUGAUGAUUUAUUCUGAGUCAUGUGAUCUGAUAAAAUUAGAACAUUAGUUAUCCUCAUAUAACAAACUUUUUGUAUUUUAUGUUACCUGCAAGACAAGUUAUGGAUGAAUUGUUGUGUCUCUCUUCUUCUUCUUUCUGCUUUUCCCUUCAGGGGUCUCCACAGUGAAUCAUCUCUCUCCACCUAUCCCUAUCUUCUGCAUCCUCAACACUUACACCCACUGGCUUCAUAUCCUCAUUUCCAUCCAUAUUCCUCCUCUUUGGCCUUCCUCUUUUCCUCCUGCCUGGCAGCUCCAUGUCCAACAUUCUCCUACCAAUAUACUCACUCUCCCUCCUCUGGACAUGUCCAAACCAUCUUAAUCUGUCCUCCCUAACUUUGUCCCCCAAACGUCCAACAUGAGCCGUCCCUCUGAUGUACUUGUUCCUAAUCCUGUCCAACCGUGUCCCUCCCAAAGAGAACCUCAACAUCUUCAGCAAUUGUUGUGUCUCUAAUAAACAAAUAAUUUAAUUCCAAUAUUAAAAGCAUUGAAAAGAAUCUCAAUAGAAUCUGAAAAGGAAUCAUUUGUAAAACUAUGAAUAUUGAUGACAUGCAAAUUUGAGACCCUCCCAUGUCCUCAUGACCUUUACACUAUGCUAUUAGCUGUUACACCACGGCGCUGAUGAGUCCUGAGCUCUAAUUGGUGGAUCAGGUGUUGAUUAAUUCUCUCUAACAGCAGCUCUGACUGAAUAACAGUGCAGGUUUAUAUAAACUCUGAUACCUUAUCGUUUACAUAGCAACAGAUUGUUCACCAGGG